AUGCUCAGAGAAAAGCUUUGGCUCAAAAUAGGUGUGUCACUCGCAUUCGUGGCCGCAUUAAUCUGCUGCACGGUUUUGAGCUUUGAAGUGCUUUGCACUAAGGACGCCAUGGAGGCGGGUAUCGUUACCUUCACUUUUAAGGCCGCCACCGCACAUGUACCGCUUCGUGCAAGGGGCCUAAUCCGGACGGCCGUGCCCGAAGCCGGGAGCGUCGUAAGCAAUGUGGCAACUGAAGCCUCAAGAGCUCCCGGCCAAGUUAACAGCAUCGCAAGCGCCGCCGCGACAGCCGUCAAUGGCGCCAGCACGGCGAUCCCCAGGAAUCUCUCCAUCGGCACAAACCAAUACUGCGUGGGGUUCAGCGACCGUGUCGAAUGUCAUCAAUUGCCUGUGAACAUAUCUAGGAUGGUACCCCAGGCUGUUACAAAUAUUCUGAGCAACCAAAAGGAGGAUUUGGAUCACCUGCGCAGCAUCUUCUCAAAAGCUACCCCUGGAUGGAUCCGGGAUCCUUUCAUUAUCGGCAUAGCGACGACCCUGGUGAUCGCUGUCGUCUUUCUCAACUCUAUAUUCAGCUGGCCCUUCGGCGCUGGUACUCUAUUGCAAGAUCUGACGUUGCCAUUAAUGCCCAGAUUGUUUAUUGGGCUCUUUUGUUGCGUCUCUUACCUCCUUCCAACAAUUGUUCUUUACCUUCUCUACUCCAAGUCCAAAGACCUCUCUUCCGAGAUCAGGGCUGAUCAGGGUCCGGUCGGCAGCUACUGCUGGGGCACUCUCUUUUUGGCUCUACUAAUGACGGCAAUGAUGACUUUUGUUCACAUCUUGGUCUGA